UUUGAGGGGUGGGAAUUUGGUUCGACUGGCUUUUCCACACUCAAGCUGUUCAAAAGCUUGUGACUCACUCUGUACUGCCUUUCAGCCUCUCACCUCCUUUACAUAAACUACCAAAAGAUGAUGGACAAUGCCACAGCUGUCAAUCCACGCCCAACACUCACCCCGCCGCAAGUAACCGAACUGGCAUUGACACUUUAUGGAGUUGCCGCGACUGAGAUCACCACCCUGCCUAGUUAUUUGGACCAGAACUUCCUUGUGGUUGACAAGGAGGGUAUUAAGUAUGUCCUGAAGAUCAUGAACUCAGAAGACAGUAAGAAUGCCACGCUGCUGGAGGUGCAGACCCUCACCCUGUCCUUUCUACGCCAGCGUGGAUUUCCUGCCCAGACAGCUGUGCCCACCGCCACAGGGCAGCUCAUGAGUAUGGAGGACAUAGACUGUGGACAUGGUGUUCAAACCUACUGUGUGAGGCUGUUGACCUACAUCCCUGGAAAAACCAUUGCAGAAUCUCCAGUGACAACGCAGGAUCUUUAUAAUGUGGGCAAGUUGGCUGCAUCCAUGGAUAAGACAUUGCAACAGCUGGUAUCCCCAAACCUUGAUGUCUUACAACAAAAAGAUUCACUUUGGAGUAUGUCCAACAUUCCUCUCAUGGAGGGUUACCUAUCAGUGAUGGAUGGAGACCCCCUGAAGGAAGUGAUCAAAGCAGUCAUUGAACAAUUUAAAUCACAUGUGGAGCCCAAAAUCAGCUCUUUCCAAAAAGGAAUAAUACAUGCAGACUUAAGUGACCAGAACAUCCUUGUCACAGCUGUUGCCAAUGGGCAUCACGAGGUGUCCGGCAUCCUCGACUUUUCUCUGCUUACAAAUGGAUGCUACGUGUUUGAAGUGGCAGUAAUGAUCAUGUACUUAAUGCUGGAGAACCCCAGUCCUUUGGACGUAGGUGGAGCAGUGUUAUCAGGCUGGGAGAGCGUUAUGCUGCUCAGCAAUGAAGAAAGAGAUUCCCUCUUCCUGCUGGUGCUCUGUCGGUUGUGCCAGUCUCUGGUUUACGGGAGGCACAAUGUCAAAAAAAACCCAGACAACAAGAAAUACCUCCUGGCUACAGCCAAAAAUGGGACUGGGCUCCUCACUAAACUCUGGAAGCUAGGCAAGAAAGAAGUAGAAAGAAAGUGGUUCACAGAUGCGAGCACAUACUCAUACAAUUAACAAAGAAAUGUUUCUCAUGGUGGAUGAGCAUGACGUUUUACAUGUUUGACCACUAGGUGAUGAUGACAAAUCUUUUACUAUUAAAGCAGCUAUCUGUGGAACAGCUGUAAUUGUAAUCUAUUUCUAGUCCUUGCCUGAUCUGUUUUGAACAAUUAUAACUUUUUCCUUUAAACUGGAAUUUUACCAUAUUUGACUCAAACAAUAUUUUACACAUUACUUUUUUGGUUUCAGGAUUUAUAAUCAAUAUAUUUAUUAAUCAUUGAUAAAUAAUUGACAGAUAAUUUAUACACCUCUGUAUCUCUAGUUCAUCAGAAAGAGCCCAUCAACAACUUCACCACUUACCUUAUGGGAAAUGGCAGCAAAAAGUCUGAUCCAAAAUCAUUUUAUCAUCAACAUAAAAAACAUUAAAACGUGUAGACUUGAGGUAGUUAUUGUAGGAAUCUUUUCCUACUACAGAUGACUUAAAAAAAAAUUCUUAUGUCUUAUUAGAAGUGAGAAUCCCCUGAGGACUUACUAAUGAAAAGUUAAACUGUAUUGUUCUCAUCAAAUCACACACCCAUGUUAUGACUAAAACAUUUUAUUACAACAUGUCAUACUGACAAUGGUAAUGUCAAUAUAUCCAGCCAAACUUGUGUUAUUUAUUGUUUUUAAAUUGAUAUAAGCAUUUUUUUUCUUUGAGUUCUGAAAAAAAUUGCAUGUAGAUAUAAAUAACAUUAUUGUAUUUAUAGUUUGAUUUAAUUGUUCCCGCAAUAAGAAGCAAAAAUUAACCAUCUCCCUGUAAGAAAACAGAGAACCACAGAGAAAGCUGUAGUUUCACAGAAGAAAAGGUUGAACACUAGAUGGAGACAUUAACCCAUUUAUCGCACAUGAUGCUAUUAAUGCUCCUCAUGUGAAUCAGCCUCUCAGACUCAGCUUCUUAAAAAAACUAUAAAUCCUGUCAGUUGUUUGCUUCAAUAAUUUUCUCUGACUGUCUUGAGAGGUUGAGGGCUGAGAUGUAGAAGGACCUCAUAUCCCUUGAUGAUGCUGUAUAAAGUUGUAGUUUGUGGACAAGCUUGUGAACCUCUACUGCUCCGAAAAUGUCUCCAGCUUUCCAUUUUUCAGAACAAAAGGGUUUUAAGUAGAGGAUUAACACUGCAGUGUGAACAGGAAGAUACUUAAAGGGCUUCUUUUACAUAUCUGAGAUAAUACAUGGUUUAAUAAAUGG